AUGGCUGCCAGCGCCUCGGCGGCCGAUCUCCAAAUCGAAGUUACCCACGAAGUCUCCUGCAACCGCAAGACCACCAACGGCGACACCGUCAAAAUGCACUAUCGCGGGACCCUCGCCGACACCGGAAAGCAAUUUGACGCUUCAUAUGACCGCGGCACUCCGUUGUCAUUUAAACUUGGAGCUGGACGGGUUAUCAAGGGAUGGGAUCAGGGCUUGUUAGAUAUGUGUGUCGGCGAAAAGCGCACGUUGACGAUCCCACCUGAGCUUGGAUAUGGUAACAGAGGCGUGGGCCCGAUUCCGGCAGGCUCGACGUUGGUGUUUGAGACCGAGUUGGUUGAGAUUGACGGCGUACCCAAGGAUGAAUUGUAA